GAAUGCCAGUGUGCUACCACAGAUUAUCAAUCUAGCCUGCUCCUCUGUUACUCUAAUGAUAUGGAAAGUGCUGGACAAGGAUUGAAAGUUUUUGAUUUUUUUUUCCGACGGCAAAAAGGGGAAGUUGUGGGGGUGGUGACAUUUGGCUUGUCUUAAAGUCAUGUAGCUCAUCUUUCUAUGCAAUCACAGGUUAAGAACGAACUACUUAGAGGAGCUUUCUGUUGCGUGGGACAUAGCCAAAUUAAGAUUAGUAUUUAUACCAAUCACUGAAGGAAGAGGCAUAUAUCUGGAAGGCAAAUCAUCAUUCUCUGGUUUCUGCUUACUGUGGUCUUGGAAAAUAUGAUGCACACACAGAAGAGAGAACUGAUGUUCUCCACACCCGUUCUAAUGUGGUUCCUCUGGCUUGGCCUCUUUGUGCUUCCUUUUGGUUGUUCAGACCCUGUCCCGGUAACAGCCAAAAUAGGGGGUGUAGCCACACUCCCUUGCAACUACAAAAUGCAACGGCCCCUGGCAUCUUACAGGAUCUACUGGCAGAAAUACGUAGGCCCUGGUAUAUCUGACCUGGUUGUGAUAGCUUACAGCAACGGCGAAGAAAACACCGUAAAAGACAUACAUUUCCAGAACAGGACAAAGAUGGAUGAGAAGACUCUUACACUUUGGAUCUCCGGUGUGAAUGUGUCCGAUCAAGGCAAAUAUAGGUGUAUCAUAUUACUGGAGGAAGAACACAAAGGUGAUAAAUGGGUACAUUUAUCAGUGUCAGCUGACUAUAGGAAGCCUGUCAUACAUGUAUCACAUAAUCCCUGUGGCCCAGCUCAGUUGACACUGAUGUGUUCUUCUUAUGGAGGAUAUCCAGAGGCUACGAUGUCUUGGUUGGUCAAUAAUGAGACAGUGCGGUGUUCCUAUACUUCCAUAAAGGACAACUACACUGAAAGUUUUAAUAUUACUGGCAACUUACAGCAAAACGUGUCUGAAGAUAUCUUAGUCCAAUGUCGAAUACAUUAUGCAGGUUUACAAGUGUCCACCGACCACCUCUUGUCAAUAGGGAAGUGCCCCAAUUCAUCUCCACCGCCUCCUCCGCAUGGUUUCAUAGCGGCUUCCAUUGUUAUCCUCGUCCUUGCUCUCGUGAUAGUGCCAACAUUCCUCCGAUGCCGCCGCCGCAAGCCUGUGACAUCUCACCAGCCAGUGGCAACAAGUGAAAUGACAUCGCAGCAGCUUUCCAACGGGACAUUGGAAGCAGCAUGUGCCUGACCAUAGAGAAACCUGGGCAGUGGCGUUUGAUUUUCAACAUUCUGCUCUGGUGAAAUGGACAUAAUCACCCUGGAUCCCAGAACCUGGAGUGCAUCACUCUUCACAACGACACAGGGCAUACCUCUCUCUUUCCAGGUGUGAUAGAAGCAUUGCUCAGAAAAAGGGCGGGAGGGGUAAGGGUUAAAAGCACUACCCAUCAUACUGACUGUUCCACCUCAACAGCAUUUUUUUACAAGUACCCCCCCCAAACGAUCAGAUAACUACAUACAACGCGUAGUACCAUCUUCUAGACAACUGCCUGAUUUGGAAGGGGAAAUGAACCGUUGUUCUUCAUAAGCAGAAAUUUUACAGUGAAGUUCAUUUCAAACCAAAGAGUGCUUCCCCCACUCCCGCUGGGACAGAUCCACUGGCUUGGACAUCUCCAGCCAUCUUACUGCGUGAAACCACCUCUUCCUUGUGACUUGUGAGCAACUCCACCAGCAAAGCAGCACCCGUUUCAAGUGGAAAAGGGAGCAAUGCUUUGGCAAUGCUCUGUCUCCGAAAUCACACCAAGGAAAGCAAACGCUCCUUUUAUGAGGUAUCGGCGUCCCAGCACCCAAAACUAAUUGGGGGCACCACAUGGGAUGCGUGGUAGACUGGACCACUUGUCCCCAGCUGCAGAGCCCGUUGAUCUUUGCUAAACUAGCUCUCACUCACGUUGUAAUAAAAUCCUCAGUUAGGGGGGUAUUUAGUGUAAGGGUGAGAUGUUCUCGCCAUUAUUUGCCAUCCACGCACAUGCAGUUUGCAACAGAAUGGAAGGUACUAGUAUGGUUCUGCAGCUGGAGAAGCCAUACCCAGGAACAGUAUUAUUGCCUGCUAUGUAGGGUAAAGAAUGUUUUCUCAUUUUGGAAACUCUCCUUCAACUUAAAUUGUGGCUUGCACAUAAUUUAUCACCUCUCAUCCCUAAUUUUAUUUACCAGAAAAUAAGCCUGGCAUGCUUAUAGCUUUAUUAUACUUGUUGCUAUGGACCCUCUAUGUAAAUGUAGGGGUAGCAAGAACUAUUUAUUGGCCAUAUGAGUAUUUUUAAAUAUUCAUUUGCUAUUGCUGUAAUAAGAUUUAUAAUGUAUAAAGCUUUAAUGUAUUAGCUUUAAUGGGAUAUAUGCCUACCUGAGCAUCAGGAUUUCAAUACUAUAAGCACACUUAACUCUUAAGCAGGAUUCUUCCAUGGCAUUCAAUGGAGGAAGAAAAUGCCCAAGAGCCAGGGGUUAACUCAGUUUAUCUUCUAACUCACUCAGUUUGUCAUGUAAACAGGCUCUAAACCACCAUUAUUUGGUUUAAACCGAGAGUUAACCCAACCACUGAAGAAAGCAGACCCAAGUUUCACAAACACUUUAGCAGAAACUCUCCCUGCCACAUUAAAGUUUGUCUCUAAGGUGAUUGACAAAGGACGUGGACAGGUUUCUAGGGUGUCUGCUUAUUUGUAAACCUUUCAUAUCACAAUUGGAACUGUAACGUUAUAAGUCCUGUCUGUUUAAAGCAGCCCAGCUUUUCUGCAGGCUCCCCAAACAAUGUAUUUCUCAGCUGUGCAAAAUGUAUCCAAGCAUUGCUGUCUCCUAUUUUCACUUUAUUCUUGACUGUAAACUAGGUUAAAUCUGUAAUUAUGCCAAGUUAUAUUUUAGCAUUAGCUUUUCAGCAAAUCAUCCUUAUAUACUGUAUAUACGUGUGUGUGUGUGUGUGUGUGUGUGUGUGUGUGUGUGUGUGUGUGUCCCCUCAUCCUGAGAUGGUGGCUGUUCUUUUUAAACUAUUUUUAUACAAUUAUACCAAUAAAAUAAAGUUAAAC